CUGCUUUUCUCAAACGCGACUCUGCCCCGGACCCGGGAGGCGCCCGAGGCUACCGCGGCUUCCGCAGCCACCGGUCAGGGGUAACGAGCCUGUGCCAUCGCGGACGCUCGCCAUCCGCUUCGGCUUUUCACCCCUCUGGGUCUCUUCGACCUUCUUUGCUGAGCCGGAACCCGACUGUGGCAGAAGAAGGACUCCAUAGCAGAUGCUUGAACUGAAAUAACUUUAUUUUGGGGGUUGACUUCGCUGACGGAUCCCUUAGCGCAGGGCUCCCCGCCUCCCCUCCCCCUCCAGCUCCUCUCCGACCUUCUUUCUAGACAUCUGUCUCCUCUUCCCGCCGCCUCUCCCCCGCGUCCUUUCUCCGUCGCCGCCGGGGCGCCGAGCCAGACUAUGGGUCCCAGGCAGGGGCUGAGUGGCGGCAGCAGCGCGGGCGGCCGGGUUACCGUGCGCACUGCGGCGGGGAUGGAGGGGCCCAGUUGGCUGGUGGUGUUCUCUUGACAUGGCUCCCGCCCGAGCUGCGAGCAGCGCCCCCGCCGCCGCCGCCGCCUCUGCCUCCGCCACCGCCACCGCUCCGCCCGCAGGCUGCGGCUAGAGGCCCGCGCCCGCCCGAGUCGGCCCGUGAGUCCCGGCCCCCGGGGACAGGGAGGGGACCGUCCCGCCGCCCGCCUCGAUUCCGCCCUCUCCCCCCUCGGGAAGCGAACGCACGACCCCACCCCGAGCCAUCCACACUCUGGAAACAUGAGCUGUUGAGCCAGAAAGCGAGUCCAGAAUCCGGGAACUUCAAAUUUUUGGGGGGUGGGUUGGUGGGCUGACUUUAACAAAGUAAUAUUAACACAGCUAUUUUCUUUACUUCCCACUUGAAUCCUUCCCAUUUGCCCUUUCCCGCCUACUCUAUCCGGGCGGGAAUUGUUUCCAAGAUGAAAUGAGUGAGAACCCGAGUGAUCGCGUGUCUCCCGUGGUGCGAGUGAGUCGCUGCCGCUGAAGGCAAGGGGUGGGGGUGGGAAUUGGGGAGUGGAAGGCAGGUGGUCCCCUGGCACCGCCUGGGACUUGGGAGAACCCGCUGCCUUUGCCUCAGCAAUGCUCACUGGGAGAUAAGUCGCCCUCCCCACCAUCUUGAACGGGGGCACAUUCUUAGGGAAGGCUCCCUUGGGGAAUGUAGAGCUCAUCGCAAGGCUGAGGGUGUCGGGAUCCUGGGCAUUAAUCAGGUCUAACUACAGAGCCGGAAUAAUUACUAAUAUCAUAUAAUAAGCCCCCUUUCCCUCUGCCAUCAUGAUUCUCCUUGGCAGCAGCAUUAGCAGCCGCCUGCGAGUGAAAAUGUGGGUGAUGGGGAAUUUGGUAAUGACUCCGCUGUUUUUUCUCAUGGCUCCUUUGGGCAACAGCUGUCCGCCCUCAGCAUACACUGUAGUUGAUUGCAGGGAAACCCUGUACCUCUCCCCUUCUUUCUCUACUGAUUUUGCACUUUUCUCUUUGCUCACCACCAAGUGUAAUCAAUAACAAGCACUGACAAUACAUAGCAAUAGUGAAAUCUGAAAUAACUAAGAAUUAGGUACUACAGCCAUGGAUCUGGCUGGGUAAAAUCCAAUUGGGUAUUUCAGUUUCAUUCACCUACCCUGUUUUGGUGUUUUGUUUUUGAUUUACUUUUUUUUUUUUUUUUUUUGAUAUUUGGAAAGCAAAGAUCACACUUUUCCUCUUCCCAUUUCUUUUCUUAAUCCCAUUUCUAAAAGGAGAAAAAUCCGAAUGGAUUUAAAGUAUUGGACUGGUGUUAGCUGUGUUUUAUUGCACACCUAAAUCCUGAUAACAGGCUUUUCAUUGCCCCUCAAAGCCUUUAUUUUGGCAUUCAAGCCAAAUGUGUUUUCCAGAAAGUUAGUUGAAGUAUUUUCUCCUCUUUUUUUUUCCUUCCUGUCUUUCCAUCUGACCCCGGAUAUUAUGGUCCAAACAUGACUGGACAGCAGCUUUUGUUUCUUGGCCCUGUAAUAUGACAGUCUGCUAAUAUUGCCAGAAGGUGCAGUUUUGGGGUUACACUUGCGAUUUUAGCUAUUCAGUUAUAUUAGCAGGGAAAAAUGACUUGUUUCUGUUGUACUUGAGUCUUAAGAAAAAGUGCCCAUAGUUUAGUGACAAUUUCCAAAGGCUUUAGUACCACCUGUAUUUCAAAAUGGGGGACCCAAACUCCCGGAAGAAACAAGCUCUGAACAGACUACGUGCUCAGCUUAGAAAGAAAAAAGAAUCUCUAGCUGACCAGUUUGACUUCAAGAUGUAUAUUGCCUUUGUGUUCAAGGAGAAGAAAAAAAAAUCGGCACUUUUUGAAGUGUCUGAGGUUAUACCAGUAAUGACAAAUAAUUAUGAAGAAAAUAUUCUGAAAGGUGUGCGAGAUUCCAGCUAUUCCUUGGAAAGUUCCAUAGAGCUUUUACAGAAGGAUGUGGUACAGCUCCAUGCUCCUCGAUACCAGUCUAUGAGAAGGGAUGUAAUUGGCUGUACUCAGGAGAUGGAUUUCAUUCUUUGGCCUCGGAAUGAUAUUGAGAAAAUUGUCUGUCUCCUGUUUUCUAGGUGGAAGGAAUCUGAUGAGCCUUUUAGGCCUGUUCAGGCCAAAUUUGAGUUUCAUCACGGUGACUAUGAAAAGCAGUUUCUGCAUGUACUGAGCCGCAAGGACAAGACUGGAAUUGUUGUCAACAACCCUAGCCAGUCAGUGUUUCUCUUCAUUGACAGACAGCACUUGCAGACUCCAAAAAACAAAGCUACAAUCUUCAAGUUAUGCAGCAUCUGCCUCUACCUGCCACAGGAGCAGCUCACCCACUGGGCCGUGGGCACCAUAGAGGAUCACCUCCGUCCUUACAUGCCAGAGUAAUUACUGGCCAGCACAUGGAGAAGACCAGAGAAUGCAGCAGCAAUAUUUUUCUUGUUUUCUUACCACUUUAUUCUUUCAGAGUUUAAAGAAAAUGGACUCAUGCACAGAACACUAUGCAUUUUGAAACUUGUUCAUUCUGGAUUUUUUUUUUUUUAAUCAUUUGUAUCUCAGAACUUAAAAAAAUUAGAUGUCUUCUGCACGGACUGUGUGAAAGAAGAUGCUUUGCAUAUUUGCUGCACUGCAUCAGCAUCUUACUAAAAAUGUGAAAUGAAAGGACUAUUGUACACUGAAAUGCUUAAAUGUAUCUGAAAGCACAAGGUGAUACUCAUUAUUGAUGGUCUUCCCAUUUGUGCUGGUGUUUGCCUCUUUGACAUCUGUCAUCAGUAUUUGGAGGGUGAGAAGUGAAUGUAACAGGUAUAAAUAACAUUUUUAAAAACUUAAUAGCUUUGCUAUAAUCACCGUUGUUCAGAGCACUGUCAGAUUCAUUCUAAUGACCAAAAGUGGUUAAAAAAGAAAUGACAACCAUGGGAAAGAUAUCUUAGAUGACAAAAGCAUCUCAUUGUAGGCAUUCUUGCCUCAUAUUUUACUGGGCCAUGUUUGUUUUCUUGGGACAUAAAUAUAUGUAUUUUUUUUCCCCAGAUCUCUUUCCCCAAGUUGCUGUUAUAAAAAGUAUUCUGCUGAGUGUGGAUACAUUUAUACACAUUAAAGCAGAUAUGGAGUCUAAAGUAGCUAAAGCAGCUAUAAAACAAAUACAUUCAUAGCUGCAGAAACCAUAGUAGGUAGAGAACUUUACUUUUGGGUUUUUAUUUUGUUUUUUGGUGUUAAAGAGAAGAGAUUUUAAUUUUAAAAUAAUUCCAGUGAAUUGUUCUGAAAUUCUGAUUACACUAUCCUAAGGAAAAAGUUGAGGGUUUUUGAUACAGGAAAAGUUAUUAAAAAGUUAAUUGUAAAAAUAACCAGUGUCAAAGUUCUAAAAGCAGAACUCAUUUUGUGCAAUGAACAUAAGGAAAGACUACUGUAUAGUUUUUUGUUUUGUUCUUUUAAAUGAAGAAAAUCUUUGCUUAAGGGUUGCAUACUUUUAUUGGAGUAAAUCUGAGUGAUCCUACUCCUUUGGAGUAAAACUAGUGCUUACUGGUUUCCAAUUGUAUUUAGCUUCUGGUUGGAAUUUGAAAAAAAUGAAAACCUAAAUAAAAUAGGUGAAAGUUCCCUGACUAUACUCAGGUGAAUACACAAAGCUUGACGUGGUAACUUUUUUGUCCUAAGUCACUGAGUAGAUGUCACUUAACCACUUUAGAGGAUUAUUUUGUAGCCCAUAGCAGCCAGUUGGGUUUGUAGAUUCAACAAGAGUAGGAAUCAAAGACAUGUUCUAGUUUCAGUAGGUAUCAGCCUGUGCUUUUGCUGUACAUGAUGAACCUUUUAGAAUCCAUUUGAAAUAACACUUUUUCUAAACUCUUAAUAACCCUGAGUGGAAACAGAUGCAGAGACUUAAUUGCUUAAGCUAGGCUCAUAAGUAGUAGAGGAUUUAAAUUAGACUGACAAUACUGUGCAUGCCUAUAAGGCUGAGGCAGGAGGACUGAAAGUUUGAGGCCAGUCUAGGCAAUUUAGUGAGAUCUUGUGUCAAAAUUUUAAAAAGGACAUGGGAUGUAACAGUACCAAGGCCCUGGGUUCAGGCUGUAUUGUAGUACCACAGAUAGGCUGCUGGCUGGAAUUAGAGCCUGAGCUCUUAACCAUUUUACUGUGUUGAAUUACAUUUACUAUGUUCAGUACAUUAGGCAAUUCAGCAGCCGUUUAUUUUAAAAUAACUUUACAAAGUUGCAAGAGUACUACAGAAAGUUCUUGUAUAACCUAUACCCACUAUAGUCUUACCAUUUUGAACCUAUACCCACUUUGGUCUAUCAUUUUGGGACAUUUCAUGUUCUUCCUUUGUAUAUAUUUUUUGAACCAUUGGAGUUUCUUGCAUAUGUUGUAAUUCCUUACUCCUUAGGCCUGUGUUUUGUGAAGUCCAAGGACAUUUGCGUUGCUGGUCAAGGUAUUGUCCACGGUAAAAUAGACAAAUUUAGGGACUAUAACAUUGAUAUACCUUGUCAUUCAUGCCCUAGUUUUAAGUCAGUAAUUUUGUAGGGAUUGAACUAGGAGUGCUAAGUGGGUGUUCUACCCCUCUUGAGCUAUGUCUCCAAUAUUUUUUUUUUUUUUUUUGGUACUGAGGAUCGAACUCGGGUCCUUGCGCUUGCAAGGCAGGCAGUGGAACCACUGAGCUAAAUCCCUGGUCCCUCCAAUACUCUUGAUAGCUUUAAAAAUUCCCUAAUAGUACAGAAUUACUGCAUUUAGUUGUCAUGUCUCAGAUGUCUUUUGUCCCUCAGCCUCUUUCACGAUCUUGACAUUUUAGGAGUAUGGGCCAACUUCUAUAAACUCAUUUGAGUCGUUCAUAGCUAUUGACUCUCACCCCUUCUCAAGUUACUAUGUAGGUGCACACUCUCUGUUCCUUAGUGAUAAUUUUGGUUGCUGGUCAAAGUGUUCUACUUUUUUUUUUGCACUAUGUCCUUAUUCCUGGUAAUCUAUGGGAAACAGCAUGCAAAUAGCCUACCUCUAUCACAAGCUCCACUGAUGUUUCUUGCUGCUGGACCAAACCAGUCUUAACAGUGGCUGCAAGGGUGAUAUUCCAGAUCCCCUCCACAUUUUUCAGUAUUUUAUUGUAAGACUCCUGUUUGCCAUUUUCCACCGAAAACACUGUGGACUCAAUUUUUUUUUCCCCUUGAUGCAUCAUUUGCAUGCCUUUGUCAUUUUUGAGCACUUCAUUAUUUUCAGGGUUAAGAUUACCUUGUAGUUUUGUGCACCAGCCUCCAUCCCUGGAAUCAGCUGUUCUAUAGAGCCCUCAGGUUCCUUGAAGUGGGAAAUAGACUAGAAGUCAAGAACUGGGUCUCUGUGCCCACUGCUGCUAGGGAAUCUGCAUCUGUCAUUGGCAUGAACAGAUGAGCAUGCAUUCUAAUACCAGCAAAGGAUAACCAACUUACAACUUGACUUUUUCCAAAUUUAUUUUAAGCUGCUUCCUUUUCAGUCUUUAGUCAUGAAAUGUUCACUAAGCCUUGGAUGUAGAAAUAAAAUAUUACAAGUGC